AUCUCUUUUGUUUCGGCUGCAAAAGGUUCACUGCUUGUUAUCUCGCUUCUUGUUCACCCGCCCAUCUACCUUACCUCUGCCCUUUGCUUUUACUUAUUCUGCCCUCUAACUUUCAGCUCCCUUUGUUAUUCUCUUGCCUCACUUUUCUUGUUUCAGCUGUAUUGCAGGCGCGAGCUGCCGCGCCUAAAUUUCUUGAUGUGCCGUGAACAUUUCAAUGUCUACAUUCUAUCUCAAAACAAUGUGGUGUAAAAGCCGUUUGGUUUUGCUUCAUCUCCAUACAACAUUCCAGUGCCAUUGCAAAAUGACUCGACUAUCGGAUAAAACUGUUGAACACAGCUCUACUUGGUGAAAAAGUAGGUGGCUCUGAAAAGAACCUUUUUGGUUUGGACCGAGGUAUGAGUAAUGAACUGCUCCAGACCCGCUACUUGCCCUUGGCCUUGUGGUGGCUCUCAGUUUUCUUAGGCAGCAGCACGGCCUGGAUAUUGGGCAGGACACCACCCUGGGCGAUGGUCACUUUACCAAGCAGCUUGUUGAGCUCCUCGUCGUUGCGGAUGGCCAGCUGCAAGUGGCGCGGGAUGAUGCGGGUCUUCUUGUUGUCGCGGGCCGCGUUGCCAGCCAGUUCCAGGAUCUCGGCGGUUAGGUACUCCAGCACCGCCGCCAGGUACACGGGCGCUCCGGCACCGACCCGCUCAGCGUAGUUGCCCUUGCGGAGCAGUCGGUGCACUCGGCCCACUGGGAACUGAAGACCCGCCCUAGAAGAACGGGUCUUAGCCUUGGCGCGAGCUUUGCCGCCCUGCUUGCCACGUCCCGACAUGACGUAAAAAAUUCAAUCAGUAGCGUUCCUGAGACUGACGUAACGCUAAAGCUCCGCUACUUAUAGUCAACACAGGCACGAAAACUAAGCUGUGCUAUUGGCUAACAUUACAGUUUCUCUUUAACCAAUGGGAUUGCGGUUUUGAAAAACACUUAUUUUGAUUGGACAAAGUUAAUAUACGUUUCCAGGACUCACCACUGGUUAAACGCACAACUUCAUUCUCUACCCCACUUGCGUUAAGAAGCAGUGAAUAAGCGGUAGGUUGACAGAGCUACCGUCUUUCUUCCUGUUUUUUUCUCCAAUUUUCCGGCAGUUACUCCCAGCCAUGCCCGAGCCCUCAAAGUCCGCUCCUGCCCCGAAGAAAGGCUCCAAGAAGGCAGUGACAAAGGCCCAGAAGAAGGACGGCAAGAAGCGCAAGCGCAGCCGCAAGGAGAGCUACUCCGUGUACGUGUACAAGGUGCUGAAGCAGGUCCACCCCGACACCGGUAUCUCGUCCAAGGCCAUGGGCAUCAUGAACUCCUUCGUCAAUGACAUCUUCGAGCGCAUCGCCGGCGAGGCUUCCCGCCUGGCGCAUUACAACAAGCGCUCGACCAUCACCUCCAGGGAGAUCCAGACGGCCGUGCGCCUGUUGCUCCCCGGGGAGCUGGCCAAGCACGCGGUGUCGGAGGGCACCAAGGCCGUCACCAAGUACACCAGUUCCAAGUGAGCCCGCCCACCGCGGAACGUUCGGUCAGUCUCGGCCCACACCCCAAAGGCUCUUUUCAGAGCCACUCAGUCUUCCCAAAGAGAACUGGCACUCACUGUUCUUACAGCAGGAAGAGAAAAAGAAGAUUCACAGAGAGCAUUAAGAAGGCCCAUGGAUUCAGAAAGCUCAAGAUUUGGCUAAAAUUAAGAGUCAGCAACCAAUCUCCAGAUGACAUUUAUAUUGCAAGAGAUUGAAUGCAGAAAGAAGAAUUCAGCUUUCUUUUAUUAAACAAGACAUUAGAGAGAUUUGCAAAAUUGUAAAACAGUGUCACUCUUUUUAUUUUAAAAAAUAGCUAUUUUUCAUAAAAUAUGUAUGCUAACAUAAAAUGGGUUUAUUACUGUUAUUUUUAAAUGAAUUAACCAAAUUUUUUUGUUUUACUAUAUAAUAGGGUAAAUGUCAAUAGUUAUAACCUACAGAAACACAAAUUCUUUGGAUUGCAAAGCUCCACCACCUAACAUGCUAUAGAUCAAGGUUUAAAAGAGAGCUCCCUGGAAAACUCCUUGGUGUUUUGUUCACUGAAAUAUUAUUUAAGGAGAGCAUAUUUUAUUUUAAUGACUGUCAUUGCUGGCAUCUGAACUCUAAUUCCCAAGGCAUCCUCAAAUUAUCAUCUGCAUCACUUCAUUACUUUUUAAGAGUGUAAGCGGGUCAUGAGACCAGAAGGUUCAAGAACUGCUGCCUUAGGGUAUAUACCACACUAGUAAUGUUCAUUUGUGUUCAAAUGACUAUUUUUCAAAGUAUUUGGAGUAUCCCUUCCUGCACACUUAUGUUAUGAUCUAGAUAUACAGAUCCAUUUACUUCAUUUUGCUGUUGAUGUCUAGGGAUUGGACUUUUUAAUGUUUGGUUCUACCAUUACAUAAAAUAUUUUUACAUAGUCCCAAGGUCAAAUCAAAUUAUAUCCAAAGAAAUCUUUCUCCUUCAUGCUAAUAGCCUCUCUUACCUUAGAGUAAUAAUUUUAAAGGUUAUGAUAUAUCCUUCUGUUGUUUAUUAUAAGCAUAUAUGUAUGUAUUCUUAGGGAAUAUUAACUUCAUUUUGCUGUUGAUGUCUAGGGAUUGGACUUUUUAAUAUUUGUUUCUACCGUUACAUAAAAUAUUUUUACAUAGUCCCAAGGUCAAAUCAAAUUAUAUCCAAAGAAAUCUUUCUCCUUCAUCCUAAUAGCCUCUCUUACCUUAGAGUAAUAAUUUUAAAUGUUAUGAUAUAUCCUUCUGUUGUUUAUUAUAAGCAUAUAUAUAUGUAUUCUAGGGAAGAUUAACUCGUAUCACAGGAGAGGAGACUGGAAGUUGAUACUAUGCAAGAUAAACUUUGUCACAGACAGUCACCUGUUCUUUGGAGGGCCCAUUCAUCUUUCCCAAAAAUAAUUUCCUCUCCCCUACAUUGCCUACAUCCCCCUUCCUGUCUUCCCUAUGAAGACAGUAUAUAAGCUUCUAGAUCUCACUGGGCUUGGGGGGCAUUCACUUCCUUUUCAUGUGAUACCUCCAUGCACAAAAUAAAUUUUUUUUUUUUCGAGACGGAGUCUUGCUGCGUCUCCCAGGCUGGAGUGCAGUGGUGCGAUCUCGGCUCACUGCAAGCUCCGCCUCCCGGGUUCAGGCCAUUCUCCUGCCCCAGCCUCCUGAGUAGCUGGGACUACAGGCGCCCGCCACCAUGCCCGGCUAAUUUUUUGUAUUUUUAGUAGAGACGGGGUUUCAUCGUGUUAGCCAGGAUGGUCUCAAUCUCCCGACUUCGUGAUCCACCCACCUCGGCCUCCCAAAGUGUUGGGAUUACAGGCGUGAGCCACCGCGUGUUGAUAGAGUCUUUAAAGAGGCAAUUAAAUGAAAACGAGGUAAUUAGAGUAGGCCCUAAUCCAGUAUGACUGGUUUCCUUUUAAGAAGAGGAAAUUUGGGGCCAGGCAUGGUGAGUCAGGCCUGUAAUCCCAAUACUCUGGAAUGGUGAGGUGGGAGGAUAGCUUGAGACCAGGAGUUCAAGACUCCGUCUCUUAAAAAAAAUUUAAAAACUACAAAAUAAGAAGAGUAAAUUUGAACACAGACAUGCACAGAGGAAGUAUGACCUGGAGACACAGGGAGAAGAUACCAUCUACAAGCUAAGGAGACAGAGAAGAAAGGAGGAGGAGUAGGAAAAGGAGGAGAAGAAGGAGAAGAAGAGGAGAAGAAGGAAGGAGAAGGAGAAGAAGAAGAAGAAACCAACACUGCUAUGUCUCAAAAAACAAAGAAACCAACACCUUGAUCUCAGACUUCCAGCCUCCAGAACUGUGAAAAAAUUAAUUUCUGUUGUUUAAGCCACCCACUCUGUGGUACCUUGUUAUGGCAGUCCUAGCAAACUAAUACAGCAGUCAAUACAUUAAUACAAUAUAA